AUGAGCAGUAGCUACAGCAAAACGAUUAUACUUGCACGGCGAGUUUACUUCGAACGACGAAUAGAUGAUGUCUAUUAUGUCGGAUGGCAAGAAAACGAAAGUGUUUGUAUCGUUCUUAGACGAUUAAAUACUAAUUUUGAGGUCAAUCUUGCUUUUCAAAUAGAGAUAUGGAAUCCGUUGAAUGAAUACGAAUCAUGUCUUACUUCGAAUGUAGAAUAUAUAGAUUACACUUGUCCAAUCUGUAAUAAGAUUUUUUAUGAUCCACUUGUCCUUGAAAUUCAUGUCAAUGAAGAGCAUGAUCAAUCGUCUGUACAUACCACAUCGGAUAGUUUGUAUGCACAAGAAUUAGCGCGACGUGAACAGAUGAGCUCGCAGUAUGAACGGUACAAACAAGACGUAGCAUCGGCAAUAUCCUAUGAAGACUUGCCUGAAGAUGAUGAUGCUCAGAUAGCACGGUUGUUGCAAGAUGAAGAAAAUGCACAAUCAUUCGAAGAGUUUCAGAAUCGUUAUGGUGGCAGUACACGAACAUUCAGUGAACGCGCUCGAUGGAAUUUAGAUAAGAUCUUUAAGAAAAACCUGAUUUCUCAAGACAAAUACAAUGAAUAUAAAAAUAAAUUAGAUGAAAUGAUCGCAAAUCCUUAUGAGAGAGCUGAAUCGAGAUCAACAGGACUAAUUCCCAUACUUUCACGUUUACCGCUGGGUAAUCUCCUUAAUCGUAGUCUUUGCCGACCGGGCUGUGAUCAUAUGAGCUCGACAUGGCUUGAUCAAGGUUGGGCAUGCGGAUACAAGAAUUUUCAGAUGCUACUUUCAUCACUUCGACUUGAUCCGCAAUAUUCCACACAUUUAUUCGGUCAACAGGUUGCAAAUCAAGAGAUUCCAUCAGUUAGUCAUCUACAGAGACUCAUUGAACAAGCCUGGGCAGCUGGAUUUGAUAGUGCCGGUCGAGAACAACUGAACAAACAAUUAGUGAACUCAACCAAAUGGAUUGGCCCGACUGAAGGGAUGGAAACAAUGCCAUUCACCCGCUUUAUCUGCAACACGAAGUAUUUUCUCUUAGGUCACAGUCGAACAAUAAUUGGUUACGAACAGUUUCGUGCUGGUUAUAUCCGCCUUUUAAUAUUCGAUCCAAGUACACCCAAGGCAGAUAUUAACAAAUUUUGUGUUAAUCCAAACGACAAAGCGCAUAUAUUCCGACGAAGUUUACAAUCAUUUCAAAAACCAGUCUAUCAAAUCCUAGUUGUCCGAGGAUUACUUCGACCGGAUGAAAGAGAAGCUGCAAAACAAGUUCGUUCUAUUCGAGUACCAUUUCCGAAUUCUUAA